AUGGCCUCAGGGCCAGCACUCAUUCUCGGCUGUACGGGUCUCGUCGGGUCUCAGAUCCUGUCGACCUUACGGACAGGCGCAGGCACACCUGCACCGAUCUUCUCCAGUAUUGAAAUCCUCGCUCGACGUUCCCCGCCAUCUGCACCUGCCGAUGCCCCCGUUCUCGUCAAAGAAUUUGUCGAAAAAGAUACUUCAAAAUGGGCUUCUCACAUCUCUUCGCUCUCUCCAGUUCCAUCGGUCAUGUUCUCCGGUCUGGCGACUACACGCGCUGCUGCCGGCGGCUUCGACAAGCAGUAUAAACUGGAACAUGAUUUGAACGUCGAGCUUGCAAAAGCGGCCAAAGAAGCAGGGACAAAGACCUACGUUCUUAUCUCUUCGGGUGGCGCCAAUCCACAUUCCGUGUUCGGCUAUCCCAGGAUGAAAGGCGAGAUUGAAGAGCACGUGAAAGAGCUCGGGUUUGACCAUACCAUUAUCCUGCGCCCGGGUCUCAUCGUGGGCCAUCGCGAGGAAAGCCGUCCUCUAGAAGCCGUCCUCAGAACCAUUGCCACUGGGCUAGGCAAGGUGCACAGCUCGUUGAAGGACUCCUUUGCCCAAGACGCGGAUGUCAUUGCAAAGGCGGCCAUCUCUGCCGCAAUCAAGGUUGAAAAAGGCGAUGUCAAAGAUAAAGUCUGGAUCUUAAGCCAAAAGGACAUUAUCCGCCUUGGAGCGAGUGAAUGGAAGACUUCGUCUUGA